AUGCUCGACAGUGCUACUCAGGCGGCUGUCGUGUCAGGAGGGGCGGAUGCUGCGGCAGACAUUGAGGGGAACGACUCUGGGUGGGUAACGAUUCCCCUUCAACCAUGGGUUGCGGGGCAAGCGCCUGCUGAAAAUGACGUAGAUGGUGCGUGCGUGCCUACAGCAGAGGAGGAGGCAGCGGCAGCGGCAGAUUCAGCGGGUGUCUCGGCUGGCGAGAAUGAGGUGGAGGUGGUGGAGGAGGAGGAGGAGGAGGAGGAGGAGGAGGAGGAGGAGGAGGAGGAGGAGGAGGAGGAGGAGGAGGAGGAGGGGGCCGGGGAAAACAUUGGCCCUGUCGUGCCAGAUGGGGAUGUAGCAUGGGAACACGCGGCAAGCUGGCCGAACAUCCCAGCCACGGCUACGGGUGGAACUGCGGAAGGGGUGGGGGGGGGCACGAGUGGUGGGAGUCGUGCAGCCAGCAUGUCCGCGUACAUCACCCCCAGGGUGCAGGAGCAGGAGCUGCGCUCCGCCCUCGUCGAGUUGUUCGCCGACGCCGACCUGCCAUUCCGCCCUAUCGAUCGGCCAUCGGCUGCAUUGAAGGUAGAUAAUGUGUCAGAGGCGUUGAAGCGUCUGCGCGCGGUGUGUUCGUUCGUCGGGUGGUCGGUUCAGCGCUCGGAGCACUUUGCCCGGCAGCAGCGCAUCUUGUUGCGCUGUCGUGAUGAUGCACGCGUGCUUCAUUUGAUUGGCGACUCGCCGACGCGGUGGGGGUCCACGUACGACAUGAUUGUCCGCGUGUUGGAGCUGCAGCAGGCUCUGGCCCUGUUCCUCAUGAGGACGGACGUGACUAUUGGUGGUGGUGGUUGUGGAGUGACUCUACGCGAACAGCUGGAUGGCCUUCGGGUAAUCGACGUGCACUGGGACGCUCUCGUCGAGCUCAAGGAGUUCCUUGAGCCGUUCGACUCCAUCACGAAGGCAGCCGAGGGUUCCUUGUACCCCGCGGCUGCUUCGGUCGUGCCGUUGUACAACUAG